UUUAUAAUUUCUGUAAACUUACUCUGAACUGUUUGAAUCUAGGUUUACGGGAAUAUUGCUUGCUUUAAAAUGGAUCUAUUUUGGAACCUUCUGAUGAGUUCCAAAAACAAAAUGGAUAUUCGAAAUUUUGAUAAUCAUACUAGUAUUUCGAUAAUUUUUUUCACCAUUGUUGAUUUUAUUGUUUUUUCUGUAUUGUUUUUACCGGAAUGGAUUGUAUCGAAUGUUGGAGGCGAUGUACAAAUCGGUCUAUGGAAGACUUGUAUUAUCAAUCGAAAACGGAUACACAAAUGUUUUUCAUUUUCACCACCAUUGCCUUGGAAAUUGGCUAUCAUUUUUAUCAUCAUCGGUUGUUUUUUCGAUACAUUAGCCAUAAUAUCAUUUAUUAAAUCAUUUAGGAAUCCAUUGUUUCGGCGUUAUGGACGAUGGUUUGGACUUUUCACUUUGUUCUUUUUUAGCACACAGAAAAAAUCAGUUGAAAAAACCCUAAAUUUUACACAUGAAAUGAGUGAACACUAA